AUGCAUAUCCGCCGUCUGAUUAUUCACUUACUCUUUCUUGUUAAAUCUUCAGCUAAUCUUUUGGGUCUUCUUAUCUCUAUCUGUGUUUUAAGAAUGGGAAUGUUAAGCCUUCAAUUAGGCCAGGGAUACGACUUAAAAGUACUUAGAACUAUUCAGUUCCUUUACUUACUUGAAUUAUUAGGAUCAUUAUCAGGUGCUACUCGUCAGAACUACUUGGUUUCCUUAAUGCAAACUGGAUCUCGUAUAUUCAUUUCUGGCUGGAUAUGUCCUGAUAAGCCUAAUAAGGUACUUAGUGUAAUGCUAAUCACCUGGGGAAUAGCUGAUACGUUAAGAUUUAGUCAUUAUUUAGUGCCUGGUUUAAGAAGAGUAAGAGCGGCAGCUUCUUUACUUCUUUAUCCGAUUGGAGUUCUUUGUGAAGUAUUUCUCUUAAUACAACGUAGAGAUCGCUUAUCUAUUAUUGCCCUUCUUAUCUACAUUCCAGGUUUUAUCUAUCUUUAUUAUAAGGCUAGUAAUCGCUUAACUAGUAAAUCUAACAAGCAAUCUAAGUAG